UACGCAUCAGGGCCCCUCGAUAGUAUGGUUAAUAAAUGAUUCGUACGUUGAUUUGCUCAGUCGGUAUCAGUGUCCACACUGGGGAGCGAGUUAGACAUACAGUGUGCACAAGGUACGAGUAAACCCGCACUUUGAACCGUCAGGAGAGUCAACCAAAAGGCAAAGGACGACUGGAACGGCGUGUUUUGUAUGGACGCGUUUCUGACGAAGGACACGGCUUGACGAGUUGGGUUGAUACACGUUUGUGAACAUGGCGAUUAUUAAGAAAUGCUGCUGUUUCGACGUGCGGACGGGGACACAGAUUAUGGUUAGCUUUCACCUGGUGUUUGUGAUGGCUGACUUCGGUCUGACAGUGUACACGUGUAUAGGACUACAGUCGGACAUACUGAGGGAGCUACUGGCGCAGUUCGUCCAGGGAUAUCCUGAUGAAUAUUGGCAGAAUGUUCUGAUAGUGGCAUACAUGCUGCUCAGCACGUACUUCUUGUCCAUGGUGAUGUCUGCAAUAUUGGCCAUGUACUCCUGGUGCACAAACCCGGAUUUCCAAUGCUUGCUGUGGUUUUGGUUGAUCGGCCAAGGCGCACUAAACGUCAUCGGUCUUGGCCUCAACAUCGCCUACCUUGUGAUGCUGGCACGUCCGGGAGCGGGCUUGUGGAGAACGUACUUUUCUUCUGCAGCACAAUUUGUCGUCCACCUUAUUUUCACGAUCCUGACGUCCAUAGUGCUGAUCAGCCAUUUGCAGAACUUGAGAAAGGGGCUGGGGAAGAACCUGCGCAUAUACUUCUCCUCCCUCGUUCCCAGGGACCUCACCUCACACACCAACCACGCCUACCGGACAAGAACCGAGUCGAACACCAGUAACAUGGUCUCCACCAUCAGUACCAUGGCAGAGGUGGGGCACAACGCAAAUGUGUUCGACAUGCGGGCUGCACAGAAAGUGUAGACAUCAGUGUAGAGUCAACAUCCCCACAACUACUAGUAUCUGUAUAGCCGUUAUAAUCGCCCUCUGGCGUAACACACCAGUACUGUAACAUACCAGUACUGUAACACACCAGUACUGCAGUGCCUAAUAUAUCAUAUAAUCAUAACUGGCAUAACGAAGGAGCAUAAACAAGAUGGAACAUGUCAAGAUUGUAAUCUUCAGACGAAUGUGAAUAAUAUUUUCCCAAUUAUUUACCCCUAUGUCACAAUUAGUUUGACAACUUCUCUGACAUUUCAAAUAUAGCAAGCCACCAUCACAAAAGCAGAGGGCAGGGAGGAAAACUUGAAUAAAAUUGUUUUCACUCCAUAAAACUUAAAUACUGAACCAAGGUAUCAGCCUGGUCCUCGGGAUUUGCUUUCAUUCGUUUUUUUCCAGGUAAAAAUGUUUUUUCAAAAUCUGAAUACAUGUACCAACAAAAUAGACUGGUUUAAGCCUUAUGCAGAAAGCCAUCAUAUUGUACCACUGUUUUUCUGAAGGAAAUAAGAAAAAUCUGAUGUGUCUACACCAAAGAGUAUUCGAAAAAAGGUUUCCAUGAAACCACUGUGUGUUGCUUAGUCUGGCCUACAGUCUGUUAAAGCUUAAUCAGAAUUCAACUUGAGUUACGCACAACUAUUUAAAAAAUAUCAACCAAACGUUUUUUCAUAUCAGUGACAAAAUCAUGUGGAAGGUUAGCCUUAAGUUAUUAGUGCAUUGGCAUAUACUUGAAAGAAAAAGAAAAGUUAAAAAGCAUUAUCUUAUAUUUUCAAUUUUUUUCAUCUGCUCAAAAUAACACUGAAAGUUUUCUGAGUUUAAAACUACGAUCAUUUUUUUUGACAGAUCCUGUACAUUCAGCAUUUCUUCUCCUAUUGGAUAAUGAUAAUCACGAGAAAAUUUGUUUCAGCAAGUCUUUCAAAAGUUCCAAUCCAAUGAGUUCAUUUGGAAGACAAGAUAAAGCUUUUGUAGCCAAAUGCUCUACUUACCCUAUACAAUUUUUCAAACAUAAUUCCACAUCAGUAAAAUAAAACACAAAUUGACAAUUGUGCAAUUUUCUUGACUCCAAAUAGGAUACUGAUCAAGCAAGUUUUACUGUAUAUAUCAACUACAUGUAGAAGAAUAAACACAUCAACUAAGCCUAGCAACAUAACCUUAAGUUUUGGUAUAAUGACCAGCAAUGACUAUCAGUAUUUUUGUAAGUCAAGUGAAGAUUUGUCAUAAUACAUGUCUGUGAAGUACCUAAGGGACCAUGUCAUUAUAAUGUAAUAUGUAUUUGUUCAAGGUUAGUUCAUUAGCAAGACUUAAAUAUGUUCAAGUACAAAGACUGUGCUGGAUGCACAUUCAUCCUGAUAUACAUGUAUCUCCAGUAUGAUUUGUUUUGUUUUGUCAAACAAACUUUUUAUAAGAAGUUGAUUUUUGACUUUCAAAUCUCUAAGACCUUAGAAACAUAUCAUCUCUUAAAUGACAUUCACUUGUUAAGCACACUGAAGGUGCCAUUUGGUUGCCAAUUCUCUAAUCAUGGAUUUAAGAAGCUGGGAGACAUAAAAAAUAAGUGUUAAGGAUAAGGAUAUCUCAGCAAAUGUGGUGCAAACUCUAAAUUCUACAAUGAUGACAAUGUUUUUGAACUGUUGAAGCAAUAUACAGUGCAAGGAUAAUGAUGUCAAAUUCAUUAUAUAAUGUCUGCAUGUUAAGAACAAUACCUUCUUGUAUAUAUGCAUGAAAACAUGUUAUUGAUGUAAAUAUUCAUGAUAUGCCUAUUGUCCAUACCAAAAUACAUGAACUAAUCCUGCUUGGCCAGAAAUAAAAACCUCACAGCAAUAACAUUAUAGCUUUCUCUAUCCUUUAUGCAUAUUAAAUGUUAAGUUCCGAGGGGAGUAAGUGUACAAUGAUAUGUACAUCAUAUACUGUGCAAUGUGCAUUCCAUGAAUGUUGAAAACAUUGUUACACUCUCAUUAAAGGCUGAACUGUGAUGUCCAACACUAAAUUGUCGGAUAAUGUAAAUAUGGGACAAACAAGACUGUCACAGCACUUUUACACUGUACUGUAUAAUGGCAGGUGCUACUAAAUGUAAAACCCCAUAGAAACAGUGGGCUGUUUCCACUAUGUCUAGGGCACGGUAUUUGAAGGUGGAGCCCAUCCCACUCCUUCCAUCCCUUCACCUCUCCAACCCAUUUUUUGUACAUCUGAGUGGAGUGAGAAAGCCAUGUAAUUUAAAGUGCCUCUCCCAGCAAUCAUCUAGCCAUAAAUUGAAUCUGUUACCUCUUCAUCUCAGGCCUGAUAGCUUAGCCACUUGUCAUACAACACCACAAAUAAAACACAACGAAUGUUACACAAUUAAAUGUGCAUUGUUCAAAGGAAGGUA